AUGACAAACAUUCGAAAAAAACAUCCUCUAAUAAAAAUUAUUAACCACUCAUUCAUUGAUCUUCCAACUCCAUCUAAUAUCUCAUCAUGAUGAAACUUUGGAUCCUUAAUUGGACUUUGCCUAAUUAUUCAAAUCCUUACAGGCCUAUUCCUAGCCAUACACUAUACAUCAGACACUACUACAGCCUUCUCAUCAGUAGCACAUAUUUGUCGAGACGUAAACUAUGGUUGACUAAUUCGCUAUCUUCAUGCUAAUGGAGCUUCAAUAUUCUUUAUUUGCUUAUUUCUUCAUGUCGGUCGGGGUAUCUACUAUGGCUCAUAUACUAUAGUAGAAACUUGAAACGUUGGAAUUGUUUUACUAUUCGCAGUUAUAGCUACAGCAUUCGUAGGCUACGUACUACCAUGAGGCCAAAUAUCAUUUUGAGGAGCUACAGUCAUCACUAAUCUUCUAUCAGCUAUCCCUUACAUCGGCACAACUCUAGUAGAAUGAAUUUGAGGCGGGUUUUCAGUCGAUAAAGCCACACUAACUCGAUUCUUUGCAUUUCAUUUCAUUCUCCCAUUUAUUGUAACAGCACUUGUUCUAGUUCACCUUCUAUUCUUACAUGAAACAGGAUCUAAUAACCCAUCAGGCCUAAACUCAGAUGCAGAUAAAAUCCCAUUUCACCCUUAUUAUACAAUUAAAGACCUCUUAGGUGUAUUCCUACUAUUGAUUGCCCUCAUAACUUUAGUAUUGUUUUUCCCAGAUGUUCUCGGAGACCCAGAUAAUUAUACUCCUGCAAAUCCACUUAAUACUCCAGCACAUAUUAAACCAGAAUGAUAUUUUCUAUUCGCAUACGCUAUCUUACGAUCUAUCCCCAAUAAACUAGGCGGAGUUCUAGCUCUAAUUCUCUCCAUCCUAGUCCUAGCUGCUCUACCCCUUCUUCAUACAUCAAAACAUCGAGCUAUAAUCUUCCGACCUAUCACACAAACUAUAUACUGAAUUCUAGUCGCAGACUUACUUUUACUAACUUGAAUCGGAGGACAACCUGUAGAAUAUCCAUUUAUCAUUAUUGGCCAACUAGCCUCAAUCGCUUAUUUCGCUAUUAUUAUUAUCUUCAUACCAAUUGCAAGCAUAAUCGAAGAUAGCAUUCUAAAAUUCAUUU